AUGAAUUCUCUAAAUAUUCUUGUUUGGAACUGUCGAGGGGUAGGCAAUAGUGCUUUUAAGCGCAAUAUGCGAGAACUUAUCAGCACCCAUAAACCGGAGAGACUCAUCCUUAUGGAAACCAAAGUUCCAUUCAGUUCAAUGGGGAACUACUUCAACAAUAUGGGGUUUACUGCUGCAACAAUAGUGGACACAAUAGGAAGAGCUGGCGGCAUUUGGCUACUCUGGGACACUGCCCAUGUCAGUAUAAGAGCGUCACACGCAACUAACGAAGUUAUUCAGGCCACAAUCCACAAAGAAGACUAUGAAGAAUGGAUCCUAUCUGCAAUUUACGCUAGCCCCCACCCCUCCCAAGGAGAUGAACUCUGGAACAAUCUGGAGGAGACAACUAGGAGUAUGGAGAAACCCUGGUUGGUUGCGGUUGAUUUUAAUGACUACACCAACCACAAUGAAAGGAGAAGCUUUUCUCCUCACUACAAUCAUAACCGAACCCAGAAAUUUGCUGAGCGAAUCAAUAACUGUAUGCAUCCUUCUACCCCUACUUCUAGGCCUUUUAGAUUUGAAGCAGCUUGGCUCUGCCACCCUUCUUUCUCGGAUGUUGUUAAAAAGUCUUGGACCAAUAUGGAUUCUAAUCUGGUUGAGGCCAUUAAUGGCUUCACCCAUGAUGUUAAAAAUUGGAACAAAGAAGUCUUUGGGAAUGUGUAUAAGCGUAAGCGAAACCUAUUAGCCCGAAUAGAAGGAAUUCAGAAAUCUCAAACUCAUGGGUUUUCCCAUAAUCUGCACCUCCUUGAAAAUAACCUCAUUAAGCAGUACAACAUGACCUUAUUUCAAGAGGAACUCAUUUGGUUUCAAAAGUCCAAGGUUAAAUGGCUUACCAUGGGGGAUAGGAAUACCAAAUUCUUUCAUAUAUCUACCCUCAAUAAAUGUAGGAAACUUAAAAUUAAUAUGAUUAAGGAUAAUGCUGGUAAUUGGCUUUCUAAUUCUGAGAAUAUCAAAAAUCACAUUAUCCAAUAUUUCAAUGAUCUGUUUAAACAUGAGGUUACUCCUAUGUUGGAUAACUGGAAAAGUAUCACUCAUACUGGUUUUACUCAAGAUAAUAAUGUUACUCUUCAAGCUCCCAUCACUAACCAUGAAAUCUGGAAUGCCAUUAAAAAUAUUAAAGCCUUUAAAGCUCCUGGUAGAGAUGGGUUGCAAGCUGUCUUCUUUCACCAAAACUGGAAUAUAGUUGGUCCAUCCAUGUGCAAUUUUGUCAAACAGUGUUUUUCCACCCAGACCAUCCCUGAAGAGACCAUCACCAAAGUUAUUGUCAAUCGCUUCCGACCUCUGCUUUCUGAUUUAAUUAGCCCUAAUCAGAGUAGUUUUAUCCCUGGUAGAACUACCACUGAUAAUAUCAUCAUAACCCAAGAUAUUAUUCAUACCCUCAGGUCCAAGAAAGGCAAAACUAGAGGGUCAUUGAAAUUGAAUACUGAUGGAAGCUCUAAAAGAGAUCCAAGCCAAUCUGGAUAUGAUGGUCUAUUGAGAGAAGAAGUAGACACUUGGCUGUGGAGCCAUCAUGGCUACCUAGGGAAUUGCACGAGCUUAGAAGCUGAACUUUGGGGACUCUACCGAGGACUCACCAUCAUCAUGCAGAAAAGAAUGGCAAACACAGAGCUUGAGACAGAUUUCCAGCUAGCAAUGCAACUUAUCAAAGAUGGAGCUGACAGCUCUUGCCCAUAUAGAGCAUUGAUUGAGGAUGCCAACUUCCUCCUGAGAAGAUGCAAUUGCAAUAUUUCCUAUAUUCCAAGUGAAGCCAACUAA